CUCUCCUGUCUUUACCGUCGCUGUCCUAGUACUUUCUGAGACAUUGGCAAGUGAACGAGAACUGGUCAACAAGCACAACUCGCGUCAGGAGUCUCGUUACCUCUUUCCUCAAGUAGCUUCUAUUUUCCCUCUCCCUUCCAGGACCGCGGUAGAAGUUUCUCUCCACACCAUAUCGGUGUUCCUGCGAAAUUGGUUGUUUCCGACUGGCGGUUUCCUUGCAAUGCCUCGUCGAUCCGUCCACUCUUCCGCCAACGACCCCUCCAACGCGCAGUCCACCUCGUCCAACUCUGGAAAGGGCGGUAUCGCCUUCAAGGCGCCCACAAGCAAACCUAGUCUCCUGAGCCAAUUAUUCUCAACCUCCCCUAAGUCCAAAUCCGACUCUCAGUCUGCGAACGUGACCGCCAGGGGAGCUAGUGGGAACGCUCAUUAUACUUCGAUCAGCUCGGCUUCACUGUCCUUACCGACUAUUUCUCUCUCUACUGCUACCGCGGGCAACCCCAAUAUGGACGAACCGCCGACCACGCUCUUUCAACCCCCCUCGCCUGAGGAGGCUCGUCGCCAGGCCAAGGCAAACGCGCAAUUUGGCACCAUCGGCCAUCCCAGCCACCGGUAUUCCAGUCAGCAUCCUGGUGGUGUCUUUCCCGAGCCGAUAAUGGAUGAGCCUCCCUAUUAUUACCUUCUUACCACCUACAUUAGUUACCUAAUCCUAAUUGCAUUUGGACAUGUCCGUGACUUCUUCGGAAAACGCUUCCGUGAAGAGAAUUACAGACACUUGAAACCCCGAAAUGGAUAUGGUGCCCUCAACAGCGACUUCGACAAUUUCUACGUCCGUCGUCUCAAGCUGCGCAUUAAUGAUUGUUUUGAGCGCCCUGUUACGGGUGUACCCGGGAGAUACAUCACACUGAUCGACCGCGCAACUGAUGAUCACAACAAGCACUUCUACUUCACCGGAACCACCACCGAUACGCUGAACCUGAGCUCGUACAACUACCUUGGUUUUGCGCAGUCUGAAGGUCCAUGUGCAGACCUCGCCGAGGAGUCAAUCAGGAAAUAUGGCAUCACUGCUCCUAGCACCCGAGCGGAGGUUGGCACACAAGAUCUUCACAUGGAAGUUGAGGAUCUUGUCGCCAAGUUCGUGGGCAAGGAAGCGUCAAUGGUCUUCUCUAUGGGAUUCGGCACUAAUGCAAACAUUUUCCCCGCUCUGGUCGGCAAAGGCGACCUAAUCAUUUCCGAUGAGCUGAACCACGCGUCAAUCCGCUUCGGUGCACGUCUUUCUGGGGCAUCUAUCGGUAUGUUCAAGCACAACGAUAUGAAGGACCUGGAGAAUAGGCUUCGGGAGGCUAUCAGUCAGGGUCAGCCCCGUACUCAUCGCCCCUGGAAGAAGAUCUUGGUCGUUGUGGAAGGUCUUUAUUCUAUGGAAGGGUCGAUGUGCAACCUCCCAGGCUUGAUUACUUUGAAACGGCGCUACAAGUUCCAUCUUUUUGUUGAUGAGGCUCACUCAAUUGGUGCCAUUGGACCGAGAGGCCGAGGUGUUUGUGACUAUUUCGGUAUCGAUACAGAAGAAGUGGAUAUUCUCAUGGGGACCCUGACAAAGUCUUUCGGUGCUAAUGGUGGGUAUAUUGCUGCCGACAAGAAUAUGAUCGAUCAGCUUCGUGCAGCGAAUUCUGGAGUUAUCUACGGAGAAUCGCCAGCUCCAGCAAUCUUGUCCCAAAUCUCGUCUGCUCUUCGUAUCAUCAACGGCGAAAUCAUUCCAGGUCAAGGCGAAGAGCGACUGCAACGUUUGGCCUUCAACUCCCGAUACCUUCGUCUGGGUCUGAAACGUCUUGGCUUUAUAGUGUACGGCCACGACGAUUCACCAAUUAUCCCAGUGCUGCUGUUCAACCCCGCAAAGAUGCCGGCCUUCUCCCAUGAAAUGCUCAAACGAAAGAUUUCUGUUGUCGUUGUCGGUUAUCCUGCUACACCCUUGGUCUCCUCCCGUGCUCGUUUCUGCGUUUCUGCCGCGCAUACUAAGGAAGACCUCGACCGGGUAUUAACCGCUUGUGACGAGAUUGGCAAUGUCCUGCAACUCAAAUUCUCGACUGGUGUUGCCGGCGGAGCCCUCACAUCGAAUGAGGACGCGACCCCUCCUCCAGAGAUGGAGAAGGAAUGGCACCGGAAGCGAGAUCCUGUUGCUCCUCCGCGGUGGCGUAUCGAGGACGUUAUCAGGCGCGGUGUCCAGGACGCCAAAGGUCCGUUGUAUUAGUUCGUCAUGAUUGCAUUCGGUAUUGUUACAUAUACGUUUAAAGGGUUGGCCUACAGAUUCGGUUGAUGCUGGUCAUGCCGCAUCACAGGCUGAUCGAACCAUUACUACCUCACGCUUGCUGUGUAUCAUUAGACACUCACUCUUGGGUUGUCUCUGCAUUCUUAUACGUUUUCCCCUCCACAUACAUGACGUGGAAUGGUUACAGGCCUCGGCAAGAAAAUCACGAAUUUCUGACCAAGCCAUCGGUACGCCGUUUGAAACAUUAACUACCGGACAGCAAACUUGCACGGGCGCACCUGUUCACUACACCGUGUCCGUGUGACAGAGGGGCUGACCGGACCUUGUACACCUGGUGGCGUUUUUGCCACUUUUUCUUUUCUUCUGGCCCCUUCCCUUCGCUGUCUCCUUAUCGACAUCCGCUGGUUCACUCCCACCACCAAGUGCUGGAGGAAGGGACAAGACCAAGCUUGUUAUUGUUGGAAAGCACGGGGCCACACACUUGUACCCUAAUGAGUUUGAUGAGCGGUGGGGGCGCAACGGAUCGCUUCGUUGGCAUAUAUGCACGUUUACACGUAGAUGAUUGUUAAUACAUUCUUAUUGAACCCAUUUGUAUCUUCAUAUAUAUAUAGCUAGGAAUUUAAUGUGAUGAGG